AUGUCAUCAAUCCUCAACAGAAUUCGCAGAAACGCCAAUGUCUUCCAAGAUAUUAAGAAGCCUCGACUGUCAAUGAGCAAAUUGACGUUGAAAAAGAGGUACAACAUAGUGAAAGCUAUACGCGAACCAAAUCCCUAUGGGCCGCAAAUACUUCUCGAGCUGGAGGAUAUAAAAGUAUUCCUCCCGAAAAGAUGUAACGUGCAAUUCAACGACGAAGACAUUGCAGAUUUGCCAAAACUGGCAUUAGAAGUGGUAGAACCCUACGGCUCCACAUUCAAAAUCGAUUUUCACGAUAAAAAUCGAGACAACAACAUAGAAGAAGAAGACGAAGAAGAAGAAUUACAACAAGAACAACAUCAAGAACAGGAGCGACGUAGAAUUCGUGAGGAGUUGCAGAAAGAGUUGCAAGAAAAGCUGGCGAAAGAAAAAGUAGAGCGAAUCCAAAUAAUCAGUGACUUGGAGUCGCGAGUGAAGCGGUUUGAUUUAAAGAGUCGAAAAAUCCAGUUCAAAAUCAGACCCAUUCCAGAAAAAGAGGAACCAACGUCAUGGAUUAGAGAAGCAGUGAACGACAUGUUUAAACAUGCGCUAACAGGUCUUAGCCCUGAAGAUAAAGUGGGAAUCACUUUUAGCGGUAAGAGUUUCGCAGCUGAACGAGGGAACGGGUGGAUCAAUUUCAAGGAUUGCUCAAAUUUGAAAUUCAGCGAUGUAUGGGAGAUGAUUUCGAAGAUCUUUCAGAGCAAUUCGGAAGGAAUAAGCACCGAUGAUUUUUCUCUCACCAUAACGUCGGUUAAACUCCCUUCAGGACAAGGAAAAACACAAAGUGGAAAAUACAAUACAUUCACUGAGGAAUGUAUUAAACGCCGAGGAAUAAUAAACAUAAAAAAUAAUGACAAUUUGUGUUUGCCUCGAGCCUUAGUUGUCGGUAAAGUAUAUGCAGACAACGAAAACUACCUUAAGGUGAAAGUCAGACGAGACAUCGGGAAAAUUCAAACCCAAAAAGCCCUUAAACUUGUAGAUGAUGCACACAUCACAGUACCGGCUGAAGGUUGUGGAAUUCCGGAGUUAAAAAUAUUCCAAAAUCAUUUGAAGGAAUAUAAGGUGACUGUGUACGAGUAUGGAUCAAAGGGGCAGAAGGUGAUAUUUGAAGGAUUUCCCACUCAAAAUGGCAAAGAAAAAAAAAGUAUUAAUUUACUUUAUAAUGACAAUCAUUUUAAUGUAAUAACGUCGUUAACUGCAGCAUUUUGUUGUGGCUAUUAUUGCGAAGAGUGUCAUAUUCCAUAUAAUUCAAAAAAUCAACAUAAAUGCCAAAGAUCUUGCCCGCAAUGCCAAAACACACCAAGUUGUUCCAGAAAUGAAAAAGAAGUUUUAUGUAAAGACUGUAAUCGAAACUUUAGAGGAAAAAGCUGUUUCGACACUCACAAGGCGAGUAACUCAACAGGUAAAAAUUCAAUUUGCGAGCAAAUGAAAAAAUGUAUUUUAUGCCUUAAAACAUACGGAGCAACUCGUCAACAUAUCUGUGGUGAAUACUUCUGCAAAAUGUGCAGUAAGCAUGUAGAAAAAGAACAUAUGUGCUAUAUUCUUCCUGAUAACAGGAUACCCGCAUAUAAAGGAAUCCUGUACAUCUUUUAUGAUUUUGAGAGUCGACAGGAAAAAGUAAUAGGAGAAAAAAUGUUAACCAUUGGAAGCGAAACAUCAGUAACUCCAGUAAAAAUGCAUGUACCGAAUUUGUGCGUUUUUCAACAAAAGUGUGAUCAAUGUUUUGAUGUUCCAAAUUUGCACUUUUGUCAAAAGUGUAAUUUAUCGCUUAACAUCAUUAAGGAAGAAGAAGAUAUAGAAGGAAAUGUUGUGGCUAAAUUCUUGAAACACAUACUUAAUGUUCGGCAAAAGUUUAAAAAAGUAAUUGUAAUAGCACAUAAUGGGCAAUCAUACGAUCAUCAAUUUCUGUUAAAUUACAUAUUGGAACAAACAAAUUUAACCCCACAAUUAAUAAUGCGAGGCAGUAAAAUUAUAUUAAUGGAAAUUGCAAAUGUCAAAUUCCUAGAUUCGCUAAAUUACUUUCCGAUGGCUCUGUCAAAACUACCAAAAGCGUUUCAACUUUCACCCGUUUUAAAAAAAGGAUAUUUUCCCCAUUUCUUCAAUACAAAAGAAAAUGCUAAAUAUAUUGGAAAACUCCCUGCAAUGGAAUAUUACAGCCCUGAUUCAAUGAAAACUGAAGAUCGAGAUGAAUUUUUAAAAUGGUAUGCAGAGCAUCAAUACGAUAAUUUUGAUAUGGAGCGUGAUCUAGUGGAAUAUUGUAUUAGCGAUGUUAAAAUUUUGACUGAGACUUGCCUAAAGUUUAGACAACUGUUCCUAAACCAAAGCAAUGUUGAACCAUUUUUGGAAGCAACAACAAUAGCAUCAGCUUGUAACCUUGUGUACAGGCGUAACUUUCUUCAACCAAAUACUAUUGGACUUAUACCCAAAAACGGAUAUAGGUGUGUAGAUAAUCAAUCCACACCUGCAAUCAAAUGGUUGAUUUGGGAGCAAAAAAAGCGAAAAAUUGAUAUCAAGCAUGCCGCUAAAGGAAGAGAAGCAGUUAUAAAUGGAGUUAAAGUUGAUGGUUUUUGUGAAGAAACCAAACAGAUUUUCGAAUUUCAUGGUUGUUUUUAUCACGGUCAUCCUGCUUGUUUAAAACAUACACGUGACGAACCUCUUUCAGAAGACAAAUACGACACCCUGAACCACAGAUAUGAGAGAACUUUAGCCAAAACAAAACGAUUAAGAUCAUUUAAUUACGAAGUAAUUGAAAUGUGGCACUGUGAAUUUCAGACUCUACAAAAAUAUUUAAAUGAUGAAGAACUAGAUUUCUUAAAUAAUCACCCGUUAAUACAAAACACACCUUUGAAUCCUCGCGAUGCUUUCUACGGUGGUCGGACAGGAAACACAUUUAAUUACUACAAAUGUAAGGAAGGAGAAAAAAUAAAAUACAUUGACGUAUGUUCUCUUUACCCAUGGGUUUGUAAAAAUGGUAAAUUUCCUAUUGGUCACCCAAAAAUUCACACAGCCAGCGAUGAAAUUUGCUCUACUAUGAAACUCGAAGGUGUAAAUGGCCUUGUUAAAUGCAAAAUACUCCCCCCAGAAAAUUUAUUCCAUCCGGUUUUACCCAUGAAACAAAAUAAUAAGCUGAUGUUUUCCUUGUGUAGAGCUUGCAGUAGUGAAAAAAAUCAAGAACAAAUCUGCACUCAUUCUGAUGACGAAAGAGCAUUACUUGGAACUUGGGUGAUCGAAGAAGUUGUAAAAGCUGUUGAAAUGGGAUAUAAGUUACUUGCUGUUUUAGAAAUUUGGGAAUAUGAUGUGACUCAAUAUAAUCCAAAUACAGGUUCUGAUGGUCUUUUUACACGUAUGAUGAAUACUUAUCUAAAAAUCAAACAACAAGCAUCAGGAUGGCCGAGUACAUGCAUGUCUGAAGAAGAUAAAAACAAAUAUGUUGCUGAUUUCCUAGAUAAGGAAAAUAUAGACUUAGAAUUUACUGAAAUUGAAAACAAUCCGGGAAAAAGAUCACUAGCCAAACUAAUUUUGAACUCUUUUUGGGGUAAAUUCGGCCAACGGGAAAAUCAACAAAAGACUUGCAUUUUGAAUAAACCUUCAGAUCUGUUUCUAUUACUUACUCAUCCUUCUAUUGAAGUUUUGUAUAUAUUACCAAUUAAUGAAAACAAUAUUGUGGUUAAUUUUGAGUUGAAAGAAGAAGCCGCUGACUCUCUUCCUACUGUUAAUGUUUGUAUUGCCUCUUAUACAACAACACAAGCACGUCUAAAACUGUACACUUACUUAGAAAAUUUGAAAGAAAGAGUUCUCUACUAUGAUACUGACUCUGUUAUCUAUGUAAGUUGUCAAGGAGAUAUCGACCCACCUACUGGGGAAUUUAUUGGUGAUAUGACUGAUGAGUUAGAAAGCUAUGGUGAAGGAAGCUACAUCACCGAAUUUGUUAGUGGCGGUCCAAAAAAUUAUGCCUACAAAGUCUUUAGCACAAAAGAUAAUGUUGAACACGUUGUAUGUAAAGUAAAAGGCAUCUUUCUGAACUAUGAAUCAUCUCAAAAAAUUAAUUUUGAUUCAAUCAAAGAAGCAGUAUUACAAUCUUCUGUAGAAGAUGAUGAAAGUAUAGUUAUUAAGUCUAAUAACAUAAGACGAACAAAAGAACAUCAAGUGGUUACUGUGGAAGAGGUUAAAACAUACAAGCCCAAGGCCGAAAAACGUCGCUUCCUCUUUGAUCAUAGUUCCGUUCCGUACGGUUUUAAAAGAUAG